CCUACCUCCGCACUCUCUCGUCCUCUCUCACUUUUAAAGUCUACUGAACACCCACCCCAUUGACAUAAACCCUUGUUUGUCUAUUCCCUCUUUCUCCAUAGGCCACCACCGCCUCUCUCUAAUAACCUAUUCAAAGAAAGCAGGGAGAGUUGAGAGAGAAAGAACCAUAAACACCAACAAUGGCUUUAUCAAACACCUCAGCUUUGUCUUCCAAAUCACUCCUCCAACCCCAUUCUCUCUUCCCUUGCACCCAGACCCAUCAACCCGUUUUCUCUCUCCCCUCCAGUACUAGAUCCCACCAACCCAUCUCCGCCGUCCACGCGGCGGAGCCUGCCAAAACCCCAGUCAUCACCGAAAAGACUCCCAAAUCAUCUGCACCACCGUCCACGGCGGCGCCAUCAGGGAAAUGGGCAGUUGACAGCUGGAAAUCCAAGAAGGCUUUGCAACUUCCAGAGUACCCAGAUGAAGCUGAGCUUGAAUCUGUGCUUAAGACCAUUGAGGCCUUCCCUCCAAUCGUUUUCGCCGGUGAGGCGAGGAGUUUGGAGGAAAAGCUUGCUGAUGCCGCGCUGGGGAAUGCUUUUCUGUUGCAAGGAGGGGUUUGUGCCGAGAGUUUCAAGGAGUUCAGUGCUAAUAAUAUUCGUGACACUUUCAGAAUUAUUCUUCAGAUGAGCGUUGUUCUCAUGUUUGGUGGACAAAUGCCUAUUAUUAAGGUGGGAAGAAUGGCGGGUCAGUUUGCCAAGCCGAGAUCAGAUCCAUUGGAGGAGAAGAAUGGAGUGAAGCUGCCAAGUUACAAGGGAGACAAUAUCAAUGGUGAUGCUUUUAAUGAGAAAUCGAGAAUUCCGGACCCUCAAAGGAUGAUAAGGGCUUAUUGCCAAGCUGCGGCAACUCUGAACCUUCUUAGAGCCUUUGCAACUGGAGGUUAUGCUGCAAUGCAGAGGGUCACACAGUGGAAUCUUGAUUUUGUGGAGCAUAGUGAGCAGGGAGAUAGGUACCAGGAAUUGGCUCAUAGGGUUGACGAGGCCUUAGGAUUCAUGGCCGCUGCUGGACUUACUGUUGACCAUCCUAUCAUGGCAACUACUGAAUUCUGGACAUCACAUGAGUGCUUGCUUUUACCUUAUGAGCAAGCACUUACUAGAGAGGAUUCAACUUCUGGCCUUUACUAUGAUUGUUCUGCUCACAUGCUUUGGGUUGGGGAACGUACUCGGCAACUAGAUGGGGCACAUGUAGAGUUUCUAAGAGGGGUGGCUAAUCCCCUUGGCAUCAAGGUGAGCCAUAAGAUGGAUCCCAACGAACUAGUAAAUCUCAUUGAAAUCUUGAAUCCUAAAAACAAGCCUGGAAGGAUAACUGUGAUUGUAAGAAUGGGAGCAGAGAACAUGAGAGUCAAACUUCCCCAUUUGAUCAGGGCAGUCCGCAGAGCAGGGCAAAUUGUGACUUGGGUCUGUGAUCCAAUGCACGGGAACACCAUAAAGGCACCAUGCGGACUCAAAACACGUGCUUUUGAUGCAAUCCUGGCUGAGGUCCGAGCUUUCUUUGAUGUGCAUGAGCAAGAAGGGAGCCACCCUGGUGGAGUUCAUCUGGAGAUGACAGGGCAAAAUGUGACAGAGUGCAUUGGCGGCUCACGAACUGUGACAUAUGAUGAUCUGAGCUCACGCUACCACACACAUUGUGACCCCAGGCUUAAUGCUUCUCAGUCUCUUGAACUGGCCUUCAUUGUCUCUGAGCGGCUGAGGAAAAGGAGGAUCGGGACUCAACGCCUGUUCUAAGUCUCUAGGUGGAUUUAUGAGCCCUUUAAUUAGUGGCAAUCUUGAUUUUUAGUAUGCAAUAAAUUAUAUAAAUCAGACACAGGCCAUCCAUCAAAUCCAAUUUGUGGUCACUGGUUGAAAGCUGCUCCAUCAGUUUUCUGCAACCUCUUCUAUUGACAAAGCAACUUGUGAGCAAAAACCAGGAAGUCUCUAGUCUCUAUUUUCAAUGGAGGAAUGGGCUAAUGUUCCCACUAGAACUACAUGUUCUGCUGUUUGGUAUGUCAUAAUUUGAGAUGUUGUAGUUACCUGUGAGUGAAAGCUGCAAAAAUCAAGGCCAUAAGAUAUUGGGGUUUGAUGUUUAUUUAUGUAUUUAUGUAUGCAGAGUGGAUUUGAGAUCUUUCAAAAGCCGGCCAUAAUAAUGGAGAUCAUAUGUUUUGUCUAUCGUAUAGUUAUAUUAUUUUGUUUUCUGUCUUUUUUCCCUACUUCGAAGAAAAAGAAUUGUAAAGCCGUAGCAGUUGAUUUGGUAGUCAAAUAGAAGGAUGAGAUGUAUAUCUAUACACAUGGAGUUCAAGUCUUGUUGACUGUAUAGUAUUUGAAUUUAAUUGAUGCACGUGAUUAGUAAAUUGUGUGCAUGAGGUUUGUGUUCGCAAUACGUCUCAAUCUCUUGAGCUGAUCUCUGUUUGUUUUUUUUUUUGCCGUCUCAUUUAGGGAGAGUGAAAGCCGG